CCACAGCCUCAAGGCUGCAUGGCGUCGGUACCUGAAGUACAGGCCUUGAUGAGUCGGUUCGCAGAUCAUGCAUACGCCAGCUACAUGCAAGGAGAGCCGGCCGUGUCUCAUCUACCUCUUCUUGUUAGGUACAAUGUGGCUACUUCACUAGCGACGAACGCUGCCCUCAUGGGCGUCACCAAAGAGUUCUACAACUGGGAGGGCAUAUCGCCUAUGAACAAACAAGGCCCGUUAUUGGGUUUGAAUUUCCACGAUCAAUUCGCAGACUGGCCGGUCACUCUGAAACCCACUCAACUCCAGCUCUCGAUGGAGCACCACCCUUGGGUCGACUGUUUCCCAUGGCCACGACUACGAAACAACCUGCUUAUAGCCUUCGAGAAUCCCGACGUAUGCGACGAAGACGAGCUGUGCCACGAUAUUUGUGAUUACGAUGAUCCAGAAAGAGAGCCAAUGCUUCUCAUCUGGGGGUCGCCCUGGGAUCCACGCAGCUGGGAGGUCAGCGAUGAAUUUCUGAAGAAAUGGGCAUGGCUUCUAAAAGGCUGCGGAGACGUAGUCAUAGCAACAAACCACUGGCGUGCACAAAGAGGUGAGGCGCUGAUUACACCACAGCAGUUCGCGGACUGGGUAAGGCUUAGCCUACCGAAGCGAUUGAGCCCCUCGGGAACAUGA